AUGGACGCGUCCCCAUCUUCAGACUCAAGACCGAACAAACGCAAGCUUCAGGAUGCCUUUAUCAGCCUAGAUGACGCUGUUGCGAACUCAGGUCCAGUGCCAAAGCGUCAGAACACCAUCAAGUCGCUAUAUUCCUCUCUAUCAAAGUACGGUGGUAUCAAGUCGAAGGAUGAGGCAGCGUCCACUAGUAAAUCUGGCGAUCUCUCAAAGGCACCGCGUCUGGCCGCACUUUUGGCACGCACGGCAACCAAGACUCGGAAGCCCUUCAACUUCGCACGACGGCCAUCGAAUAUUGCCCAUGAUUACCGGCCUUCCUCGACCGCGUCUUUCCUUGCGCGGCUGGAGACGUACAAACUUAAUACCUACUCGAACAAGCCUCCGGAGAUCGAUGCAGUCGCAGCGUCGAAGUGUGGAUGGGUGAACGACGGGAAGGAUAGGUUGAAGUGUGGGUUAUGUGAUGCGUCAUGGGUGGUCGUAGGGCGGGAGAAGAUGAACAAGGAUGCGGCGGCCACCCUCGUCAAGAAGCAACGGGUUCAGCUCAUAGAGGGGCACAAAGAUGGAUGUCCCUGGAGAGUCCGGCAAUGCGACGCUGACGUAUAUCGUGUUCAACUACUUGCACCCGCUAUGAUGGCUAAGGACAUCAAGUCUCGCGCCCUGCAGCUUGAACCUCUCCUGGAGGAUAUCGAGAUUAAGCACCCGCUCGUUUCAAGCCAAGUUUCAUCCCUGCUGAAAGUAUUGGCAUCUGUCAAGACAACCGACUUCACGUUCAGCAUGGACGUGGAUGGCUCUGAACCAACUCAGCAAGCGCCUCCGGCUCUUGAACCUCAGCCAAACCAAGCUGCAGCCCUGGCAGCCCUGUUCGGCUGGUCAAUUGCCCCUCCAAUGCCAGUACCAGCUGCGACGCCCUCUCGUCCCGGUACACCUGCCCGUUCUCGCGCAGGUUCGGUCGCCCCAGGCGCUCCUGUGACACCGCGUCGCCCUUCGCAUCUAGCGGCGCGCGGAGCCUCUCCGGUACCAGCCACGCCGCCACUUCUUAGCCGUCUAAGCUCUCGACUUCUCAGUACGCCUCGCGCCAGCGCUGCACCGGAACAUCAAUCAAAGAUGCUCUACUGCGCGAUGUGCCACCGCCGGUUGGGUCUAUGGGCGUCAGGCGCAUCUCUCCUUACACCGACGGCCUCAGUGCCUUCACCGGCUUCGCGGCAGGUGGAUGUCCUCAAGGAGCACAGGCCGUACUGUCCUUACGUCACGCGUUCCGCAAACAUACCAACCCUCCCUGUCGCAUCAUCUGCUACACCGGCGUCAACUAGCAGCGUAGCCGGGCUCGCGAACAGUAGUCUAGUUGAGGGAUGGCGCGCCGUGUUGACCGUCGUACUGCGCCAUCGUUCUGCCACCGGGCCAAGGACGUCUCAAGAUUCUACGGCUGAUGUCUUUGGACCUACUGGCAACACUGCCAGCGCCCAAAGCGAGCGCGACGUGGAGAUGGCCGACCCCGUCCAAGCCAUGGUAGCUGACGUCAAGAGUAAAGGGGGGCGCGAGUUGUUGAAGUACGUCAAGGGACUUCUGGCGUAA